GUGAAGAAGAUCCCCUUUCCAUUAAAACAAUCUUUAUUUACCUCGAAAAGUUGGAGACUACUUGAGUUGUAUUCCCGAAACGUAAGCCAAUCUUCAAAAACGUGAAACAUGUCCGAACACCAGAAAAUCCAUCCAGUGAGCGAUCCGGAAGCUCCACCACCUCCGACGCAUCCAACAGUUCCUCUUGUCUCACGUGGCUCCUCAAGAUCGGAACACGGUGACACAACCAAAGAAUCUGUGACGCAACCACCACAGUUGGAUUCUCCUCAAAGGAAGAAGAAAGGAAGGAGAAGCUGUUGGUGUAGGUGUGUGUGUUAUACGCUCCUCGUUCUCUUUCUCCUAAUUGUCGUCGUAGGAGCGGCCGUUGGUAUACUCUACCUUGUCUUUAGACCAAAGUUACCGGAUUACAAUAUCGACCGGUUACAGCUCACGCGGUCUAUACUCAAUAACCAAGAUUCGAGUUUGUCGACCGCGUUUAACGUCACCAUUACGGCCAAAAACCCCAACGAGAAGAUCGGAAUUUACUACGAAGACGGAAGCAAAAUUAGCGUCUUGUACAUGCAAACUAGACUUAGCAAUGGGUCGUUGCCGAAAUUUUACCAAGGACAUGAGAAUACGACCAUUAUAUUCGUAGAAAUGACUGGUUAUACUCAGAAUGCAACUAGUUUAAUGGCGACAUUGCUAGAGCAGCAACAGCUAACUGGAAGCAUACCGUUGCGGAUCAGAGUUACCCAACCGGUUCGGAUCAAGCUUGGGAAAUUAAAGCUGCCGGAAGUAAAAUUCUUUGUGAGGUGUGGUGUAUUCGUUGAUAGCUUGGCUGCUAACAGUGUUAUUAGGGUUAGGAACAGUAACUGCAAAUUCAGGUUUAAACUAUAAUUUCAUUUUUAAGUUUUUAUUAAUUCAAAAUUUGCAUUAAUAAUGAGGGGUUGAGGGUUCCGAGUCCCCCUCACCCGCUCUACGCCGAGUCUCCGUUAUCAUUAUUUGUUUUUUUUAAGAUACAUUCUGUUUCACACCAUGUGAAUAAUUAAUAAAAUAUCCAUUUUUAUCUCUUGUUGUUC